UGAAGGUGCUCUGGCGAGCUGCAUGCCUGACUCUGAUGAGAGCAUGCAGCCAGCCAUCUGCUCAGAUUCCCACGAGGAGGUCGAGCAAACUCGGAUUGGGAACAGUAAAAGGAGGAAGGGCCAUAGAGACAAGCUGUGGCGGUGGUCCCCCGAGGAUGAUGCACGCCUUCUAAGCAUGACGGAGAACCACCGGCCCUGGCCUGAGAUAGAAGGGUGUUUCCCCGAGAGGACAGAAUCGGCCCUGCGCCAGCGGCAGUCGGUGCUUCGACGAACCAAGAAGCAGACGCGUUUAGCCGAACCCGCUGCCGCUGUCACAUCUGCGUUAACAGCUGUGACAUAAUUUAAGGUAUCAGAUCAAGGCGAUGAUGACAGGAUUUCGCAUGAGACCCUUGGGAUAAUCACCCUGGCCACAUUGCUACCCUCGCCACCUGCACAGCAUUCUCCUAAAGACCUGGAAUCUAACCUGCGAACCAAAUUCCCCCGUACACAGGCAAAGCCCUGGAGAGCCUCAAGAUACGCCGAUUAUAAUUACUGGUGACAGCCUGUGCUUGGCGAAGACAAGACUACACUACUACUGGGGGCGAUAUGUCCCAGUCAGGUACCAUCUCGAUGGUGAUGCAAUCUCUCUCAUCCGGGCGUCCAAAUGCAAGCAUGGGCAUCUACCCCCGCUCGAGGGUGGUUCCAUUGAGGUGAUUGAUAUGACCUGCCCGACCGACGAUACACGUCAAGGGGCAGCGGUCCGCUGAAUGGAAGCAGCCCGGCUGGCAAUACAGAGCCCUCAUCGGCUAUGAGGUGAGAGAUGGGAAGCCAUUUGUUCGUGUUGCAUGGUACUCUACCUGGGAGCCUGCAGACGAGUUCCCCCCCGGCGAGGUGGAAAGAAUGAGACUCCUCCAGGAGCCCUCAUCUUGUAAAAAAGUGGCGAAGAAAGUGGGGAGACCAAGGAGGGCCCGGGUAAAGAAGUAGAUCAAAUAACUAUGGCAUGACUUUCUUUCAAGACACAUCUUAUGUCCCUAUGCCUCCAGCCCCGCAGUCAUUCGCGGCUGAAGGCUGUUUAAGUCUCAACAAGCGUCUUCGUUAUUCCUUUCAAAGAAAUACGACUCAGUAACAUAUUCUCUUCAGCAGCCUAUCCUUAUCCCCCCAUCUUUUUUUGUGUCUCAGCCUUCUUUCUCCGUCCUUUAUUCUUUCAUCUCUCUUUAUUUCUUUCCGGCUGUCAGUUCUUUAUUAUCUUGCUCCCACUUCAAAACCGCCAUUUAUAUCCCCUCUCGAAUGUCGACCUUUGACGUUUUCACCCCCUCAGCACGUUGAGGCAACUUUCUAACUGCUUUCUAAUUAGCAUGAUCCAGCCACUGAUGUUAAAUAUUAACAGUAGCUUUGGAGAACUUCUUCGUGUAAGAAGAUGCCUUCACUAAAGCUGGAGAAGUCUGAUCCGCAGUGGCCAACAGUGUUUGAACCACCCCAUGCCCAGCGUACCAAUACUCUUACUUCUAAGAUACUCUGCGGCUACAG